AUGAGUUCAACUAAUUGUAGAUUUUAUGAAAACAAAUAUCCCGAAGUGGAUGAAGUUGUCAUGGUAAAUGUUCAAGAGAUAGCGGAAAUGGGAGCAUAUGUAAAACUUUUAGAAUAUGAUAAUAUUGAAGGUAUGGUAUUAUUAUCAGAAUUAUCAAGAAGACGUAUUAGAUCUAUACAAAAAUUAAUUAGAGUUGGAAAAAAUGAAGUUGCAGUUGUUUUAAGAGUUGAUAAAGAAAAAGGGUAUAUUGAUUUAUCAAAAAGAAGAGUAUCAGCUGAAGAUAUUGUAAAAUGUGAUGAAAGAUAUAACAAAAGUAAAGCAGUUCAUUCAAUAUUAAGACAUUGUGCUGAAAAAUUUAAUGUAUCUUUGGAAAAAUUAUAUGAAACUGUGGGAUGGCCAUUAAGUAGAAAAUAUGGUCAUGCAUAUGAUGCAUUUAAAUUAUCAAUAACGGAUCCAAAUAUAUUUGAAGAUUUACAACCACCAAGUGAAGGAUUAUUAGAAGAACUAAAAUUAUAUAUUUCAAGAAGAUUAACUCCACAAGCUAUAAAUAUAAGAGCGGAUGUUGAAGUAUCAUGUUUUGGUUAUGAAGGUAUUGAUGCUAUAAAAACUGCUUUAAAAGCUGCUGAGUCGGUUUCAACUGAACAAAUGCAAGUAAAAGCUAAAUUGGUUGCAGCUCCAUUAUAUUUUUUAUCAGUCCAAUCAUUAGAUAAAAAUGCUGGUGUAUCAUUAUUAGAAAAGGCUAUAGAAAAAAUUGUUGAAAGUAUAGAAAAAAAUAACGGAGUUUGUAAAGUUAAUAUGGCUCCAAAAGCUGUUACUGCUACAGAUGAUGCAGAAUUAGAACGUUUGUUGGAAAGUAAUAAAAAGGUUGACGAAGAAGAAGAGGACGAUGAAGAAGAAGAUUAG